AUGUCCCUCGACGAGAAGGAAGAUUUGGAAAAAGAAGGCGGGACAUGGCAGCCUGUGACGGCAGUAGUGUCGUUGCCGGGCAAUACUUCCCCUCUGUACGCGGACCGCUGGACUAGAAAACUCUUGUCAUAUGGGGUGGAAUCGCGGGGGAUUCAACCAGCGCCGGUGGAAGAACGCACAGAUACCCAUUUCAGCAAGAUCUUUUUUCUCUGGUUUUCGUGGAAUGUCAAUAUCCUUACGUUCUCUGCUGGAACGCUGGGCCCUGCUAUCUUUGGGCCCUGCUAUCUUUGGGCCCUGCUAUCUUUGGGCCCUGCUAUCUUUGGGCUUGGACUGCGCGACUCGUGUCUGACCAUCCUGUUUUUCAACAUCAUAUGUUGCGCGCCGCCCGCUUACUUAGCGACAUGGGGUCCUAAACUUGGGAUGCGGCAGAUGGUCAUAUCGCGAUAUUCGUUUGGAUACUACGGAAUCAUUAUACCCUCCAUCCUCAAUCUUGUCAACAUGUUUGGGUUCUCUAUCCUCAACUGCAUUCUUGGUGGGCAGGCUCUUGCAAGUGCAGGGAACGGAAACCUCAGCUGGACACUGGGCAUCGUUGUCAUUGCUAUCAUCUCACUGCUGGUCUCGUUCUGUGGAUACGAAGUUUUGAACUGGUACGAAAAAAUGUCAUGGGUCCCAGUACUGAUCACGUUCAUCAUUGCCCUUGGUGUGGGAGGCAAACACUUGUCUAAUCCUCCGCAAGCGGAAGCCGCAACGGCAGCUUGUGUCCUUGGUUUCGCGGGCACCCUUGCUGGCUUUGCCAUCACAUUCUCGAGCCUAAGCUCCGAUUUUACGACUUACUAUCGGCCGGAUGUCUCUGGGUGGAAGAUAUUUGAGUACUCUUUUGCGGGGCUCUUAUUACAUAUUGUCACCCUUCAGUGCCUUGGUGCUGCAGUAGUUAUUGCAUCUCCUUCUAUCCCAGCCUGGGAACAAGGAUAUGCAGGCGGAAACAUUGGCGGCCUCUUGGAGGCCAUGGUCCGCCCCACUGGAGGAUUCGGAAAGUUCCUCGCAGUGCUGCUGAGUCUUUCAGUGGCAGGCAACAUCGCAGCAACAUUUUACUCGAUAUCGCUGAACAUCCAGAUCUUUAUUCCUCCCCUGGUUGUAGUUCCUCGAUAUGUAUUCUCGCUAGUUGCUACAGCGAUAGUGAUACCAAUAUCGAUCGUAGGAGCGCACAGGUUCUAUGACACGAUCACCAAUUUCCUUGGGCUUAUCGGGUACUGGGCUAGCGCGUUCAUCGCUAUUAUCAUUCUGGAGCAUCUUGUGAUUCGACACGACAACCCAGCGGAGUAUGACCUUGAUGACUGGGACGCACCAAGAAGGUUGCCUUCGGGCAUCGCUGCUCUUGCUGCUGGGAUAGCUUCAUUCGGACUUGUUAUCCCUUGUAUGAGCCAGGUGUGGUUCACGGGCCAAUCGCCAAAACGACGGGGGAUAUUGGCUUUGAGGUUGCGUUUGGGGUCAGUGCAGUACUAUACCUUCCUUUUCGUCUGCUUGAGAUUAGAGUACUAG